AUGGACCUCACUGCCAUUAUGGGCAACUGCGGUCUGCUGCAUCUCAUUCAAGCAGAGGAGACUCUGCACAAGUCCGUGUGCUCUUUCCCCUGCGCACUCUCCAGCACAGACAGUGAUGAGCAUCUUGGCCUGCCCAAGGCCUUGUGCAGCUUCUGGCUGAGGCUGAAGGAGAUUGACUUUGAUGCCUGCCUAGUCCAGAUGCUCUUCGUCCACACAGUCACUGGGACAGAGUCUGGUGUCCUCAUGCUCAUGGCCCUGGACCGCCCUCUCGUCACUGCUGUCGGCCUUGGCAACUUCCUCAGGGGAGUGGUGCUGGGCUUCCUUUCCCCUUCCGUGCCUGGUGGCUGCUGCACCAAUAUCAUCCCUCACACGCACUGUGACCACAUGUCCGUGGUGAAGCUGGUUUAUGUCAGCAUCCUGGUUAAUGCUGUCCUUGGGCUGCUGGUUGUCCUGCUGAUAGGGGACUUCAAAAUCCUCUGCAUCGCUAUCUCCUCUGCCCUGAUCUUCCAGCCCAUGGAGGGCCUUUCCUCCAAGGAGGCAAGCACCAAAGCCUUCGGCACCUGCACAACCCAUAUCAGUGCCAUUGCCAUUUCCAACAUCCUGCUUUCUUGGGAGUGGAGGGAGGCACAACUUCACCUGCCAUGUCCACAUCACCAGGGCCAACCUCUACCUGGUCCUUACCCACCAUGCUGA